GGCUUGCAAAAACACCUUCCAGAUCUACAGACCAUACCGAACCAGCUUCCCUAAAUCUAACUCCCUCCCUUCAUAUAUCACAUAUCAUCCCGCGUCGAAUGGCCGCAAACGCACCGUCCCCGACUUUCGGGAAAGUCGCCGACGACUCCGUCAAACAUCUCCACCUCGUCGACGCCCUCCGCUCCCACGACGCCACCGCCAUCGCCGACGCCGUCCGCAACCUCCCGCCCAUCACCCCCACCUCGCCCACGCCCGCGUACGGCAGCCCGCUCCAACUCGCCAUCUCUCUCUGCUCGACCACCGUCAUCGAGCGGCUCGUCGCUUCCUUUCCCGAUUUGAUCCCGACCUGGAUCAAUUCACGAGCAAUGCCCGGUGGGGAGACGCCGUUGCAUGUCGCGGCGAGGCUGGGGAGGGCGGAUGUGGUGGAGGUUUUGUUCAAGAUGAGGGAUGUGAACGAUACGGUGCGGGAUGCGCAUGGCAGGACCGCGGAUGAGGUGGCAAAGACAGAGAGGGUCGCGCAGUUGAUUUUGGCCCACCGAACCCAAUUCGCAAACUCAACGGUCUCCAAAGUCCGACAUAACGUGCUCAAGUGGUCGACGAAAGCUGUCAUGGAGACCUUCCAGAAGAGCCCGCGAGCCGAAGCCUACUUGUCCAUGGGAUGGAUUGACAUCAACGGGCCCAUCGAUAGCGACAAGGAACUGAGCUUGUUGCAUUUCGCUGCACAGGCGGAUGACAUUGAGCUUGUUGAGUGGGCUUUGAGACAUGGAGCGGACCCAGGUGUCAAGGAUCGGAAGGGAAAGAAACCCGUCGACUUGUGUCCGAAACACGGCAGCCGAACAAAGGACCGUCUGAAGCGGGCAAUAGCCCAGGCGCCCAUCAUGUCUGGAAGUCUCCCCCAGGCAACGUCCUCCACCGCCGGCGCACCGAACGCAGCGGCCGCACCGUCGCAGCGCGGCACUCUCUUCAAAUGGACCAACUACGCGGUGGGCUACAAACCGCGCUACUUUGUUCUGGAGCACGGCAUCUUCUCCUACUACAAGACUGUCACCGAGUACCCUCUCGCAUGCAGAGGCUCCAUCUCCACUAUGAUCGCCUCGGUGUCCUUGCCGGAUCCCACCGACAAGAGCCGGUUCGACGUCAUUGGGAGGGGGGGAGUGCUGUACAGCCUCAAAGCGCGGAGUCCAGCCGACGCCAAGAAGUGGGUUUGGGCGCUGAUGGAGAGCAAGAAAUUCAUGGUCGAUCGCGCAAAGGAAGAUGGAGCGUCCGCGCGAACCAGUCUGGAGGAUCUGAGACGUAAUGUCAACUGGUCCGAUGCGAAUAAUGAUGGUGAUGAUGAUGACGACAAGACGGGAGAUGAGAAGGAAGGGAGGCUGUCGACUGGGUUCAGAGCGUACCCGCCCGCCAUCGCCGUUUUGCCGGAGGGAGAAGGGGACGCUAGCGGGAUCUUGGCUCAUAUGCAAACGUCCGGCGGAGACGACGUUUUGGAAAAAUCGUUCGACCAAGGCAAGAAUUUGCACACGGUCGCGGAUUUGCUGCAGGUGCAGCUGGACGCUCAGCAGAAAGUCGUGCAGUCUCUUCUCACCGCCUUGGGAGACUCCAAGAAAGAAUCCGCCCAUCCAGCGCUGGGAAAUCUCGAUGUGGAGGAGCUCUCUUCCCUUAUUCAGAGCUCAUCGAAACACAUUAACGAGAUUGUCACGUCACUUCUGCAGAGGACUGAGAGCCGGGAAAAGAUGUGGACUAGGCGAUGGAAACGUGAGAGAGACGACCGAAUCAGAUGGCAGGACGUUGUGCAAAAGAUUUUGGGUGAUGAAGCUCUCGCCGCAGGCCAUCAGCCCGCGUCCCUUGCUGUCCCAUCGGGGCUCGGGUCAGACAACGCGUCCAUGCUGAGUUCCGUCGCUGCAGACACGGACGAGGAGUAUGAAGAUCCCGCAGAAGAGCGUGACGUCUUCUUUGACGCCGAGGACGACAUCUCCGGAAUGACAAACUACGAAUCCAUGAGCCGCAGAGGUUCCAGACACCCCAACGCGGCAAACCUCGCCGCGAGCAGCAACGGGACCGCCGCCACGCUCUCACGCACCUCCCAGGCCCUCAGCACGGUCCUCCCGCACGCACCCACCACCGUGUCCAGCAUCUCCAAAUCCCUCGAAAAGUCCAACUACGGCUACCCCGCCACUUACCGCACCCUACUCCCCCUGGACCCGUCCAAACCCAAACCCUCGCUAGCCAUCUGGUCCUUCCUCCGCUCCGCCAUCGGCAAAGACCUGACCAAAAUCACCCUCCCGGUCUUCUUCAACGAGCCGCUGAGCAUGCUGCAGCGCAUGUGCGAGGACAUUGAGUACGUCGAGCUCCUCUCCCUCGCCAGCUGUGUCGGGCGCGGAACGCAGCCGGGCAGCGUGCCCGUGUCCGAAACGGCCCAUAAGACAGCGGCGACCCUCGGUGUCGAUGUGGCCGAGAUGGCGGCCAUGACGGGCGAGGACGCGAGUCUGAGACGUUUGAUGUAUGUCGCGGCGUAUGCUAUGAGCAAUUACUCGAGUACGCUGGGAAGAGUGCAGAAACCGUUCAAUCCGAUGCUGGGUGAGACUUUUGAGUUGGUUAGGCAGGAUAAGGGGAAUCUGCGGUACUUGUCUGAGCAGGUUUGCCAUCACCCGCCAAUCAGCGCCUGCCACUGCGAGUCCCCCGAAUACACCUUCUGGACCGAAGUCAACGUCAAGUCCAAGUUCUACGGAAAGUCGCUUACCGUGCAGCCCAUGGGCAUCUGUCACGUCCGACUGCCGGUCUACACGCCCGGCUCGGCGGAUGUGCAGGAGACGGAGCAUUAUACAUGGAAGAAGGUGACGACGAAUGUGAAUAAUGUGAUUGUGGGGAAGCUAUGGAUGGAUCAUGUUGGUGAUAUGGUGAUCAAGAACUGGCGCACCGGCGAAGAAUGCACGGUCACCUUCGUCUCCAAAGCGGGCGGCGGCUGGUUCGGCAGCGGCAAAAAGGCGACUGACAACGAGAGCGCCGGCGGCGAGAUCACCGGGUUCGCCAAAGACCGCAACGGCACCAUCAAAUGGUCCCUCUCUGGCCGCUGGGACACCGAACUCCACGCCACACCCACCACCGGUGGCGGCGCACCGCUCCCCCUCUGGAAAGCCGCCCCGCUCCCCGCCACCGCCGCCGCCAACUUCCACUUUACAACCUUCGCCACCACCCUCAACGAACUCACCCCGACCCUCGCGCGCAUCCUCCCCCCAACCGACUCCCGCCUCCGCCCCGACCAACAGGCCAUGGAACGCGGCGACUGGGACGUGGCCAACAAACUCAAAGAAGACAUCGAGCUCCUCCAACGCGACCGGCGUCGGGACCUCGUCGAGACUUUCGAACGCACGGGCAAACCCUCGGGCCCGGACGCGCGCGGGAUCGACGUGGGAGAGAAGUGGUGGGUGCCGCGCUGGUUCGUCAGGGAGCUGGACCCGGAUUCCGGCGAGGAGCAUUGGAAGUUCGAUGGCGGGUAUUGGCGGGAGAGGGAACGCGUUGUGGAGGGCGACAACAACGCGGAGAAGAGGAAGAUGGACACCGCCGCCGCCGCGUGGCCCGCGUAUGUGCUGGACAUUUUCGGGAUUGGGGAGAAGAGGUGAUUUGGGAAACGUUGGAAGACCUUUCCCGUCUGUUUUUUUUCCUUGUCUUCUCCCAUGCCCGAACACGACCCCGUUUUUACAUCCAUUUCGGUUAGAUCCAUCUGUACAUAGGGACGUCGAGAAUGUAAUCUAGGCUCCCCCCAUCCCCGUGUAGAUACGGUACUAUUUCAUGCCCAUUCAAUGAGAACUAUCAUUUGAAACACCACAGUCAAGUGACAAACACAGCGUUGGAAGGCGACGGAC